AUGUUCAACGACGUUUCCAUCAGCUUGCCCGCCAAGGUGCGUGGCCCAGAAGCUGAAGAAGAAUGGGAAGAGGUGGAUUGGGUGACGUGGAGCACUGGAUCAGUGACGGUCGAGACAGAGUCAUUUCUCAUACUCUUCAAGCCGGCUGGUGGCGGCAAUGUGAAGGCUAAGACUUUGGGCAAUCUCGUCAAGGCCACAACCGUCAUCCAAGAAGACCAAGAUUCGAAGACUCUGAUCGUCACAACUUCUGAGUCAUUGCACAAAACGUUUCGCAUGACAUUCUCGACCGGGGCAGACACAGCCGAUUUCCUGGAGCUGGCAAGUCGAGCGGAGCAAGCUCAUGCAGCAGCCAGCAAGAUGCAGGACACACACGGUGUCGACCCUUCCUCUGAAGCUGCAAGAUUGGAGUCCAGCCUCCGGACAAAGCUGGCAGACCGAUGGCCUCUGAUCUUCACAGGCGCGGAACUCUAUGGCCCAGAUCCCCACGGUGAAGCUAGCACAGAGGUCUUGUUGGGCCGUGGGGCCGUAGUCCUGUUGGAUCCUCCUGAGACCAACAAGGUGGGCAGCUAUGAGCUGUUGUUCUACUGCGAAGAUGAGGAUUCCAAGCCUAGCCAGACGUUUGCCAUCUCGCCGGAGAUGUCGCUGACCAGGCAAGAUGAUGAGGAGGGAGAAGGACUGGCAGCUUCCUACAUUUUGAAGGGUCCUUCCAUGAGUGCGGCUCAUUCCUUGUGCUUUGAGGAUGGCUCCAUUGCUGGCAACUUUGUUCGCGACUUCAGAGUUCGAUCCAGACUCAUGGACAUGUCACUGAAGACUGUUCGAGGUCGCGCGGCAGCCCAAGACCUUCGAAAAGACUUGGAGAGCUUGAAGCAAAGAAGUCUAGCGGCACAAGCAUGGACAGUCAUCCGGCUGCUGCUAGUUGUUGCCAUUUUGCUCGUGGCUGCCAGAACAGCUCACUUGGUGUCGCAGGACAGUGGGCGACCACCACUGCAGUACCUGGUGACCAUUGGACAAGACAUUGGCAGCGCCCUCCACUUGUCCGCAUCUGCCACAAGUGCUGCGGGUGCUAAGGUCUGCGAAGUUGCCUUUGGCACGGUGGAUGCGGGUGGAUUGCGGCAGUGCAGCAAGGAAGUUUCGGCCCAAGACAUGCGACAGUGCAUUGAUUCGCUGGUGGGCUAUGCACCAGCAAUGGGCUGGUGA